CAGGUACUGUAUUGUUUAUCGACCUUCUCAGGUCAGGAAAAGGAAGGAAUGAUCUCAGGUGACUCCUUUGCGAAAAUGACCGAGGAAGAAAACAAGAACACCCUGGGCGCCAUCAUCUUCUUCACAUACAUUAUCGCCGCACUGGUCCUGACAUGUGUACUGCUGAAUGAUCUGAACCUACCUUCGGCAUCCUCCACACGGCCACGUCGUCAUGCCAGCCAGAGUACAAAGAGAAGACAACAUGGUGCCACAAACCAAGAGAGCACUCGACCUUGGCUCUUUGCAGCAUUGUCGGCCACAAGCUUCGCGGCGCUAUCGUACCACAUGCUUAAUUUUCUGCUGGAAUCAUACCGAGUCUGGUCAACCACAAAAUUGAUGGAUUUCAAGGUUCGUCCUCGUCACAUCUGGACUUGGUCAACCGAGUCUCGUCUCUUCCGGGAGUUUGGGGAAGUGAUAUGUAACGAUCCACGUCGGUUCUGGUGGACUCGGUCGGCACUCGUGUACUCGUUUGGAUGGAACUUGUAUAUGAGCAUCGAAGGCACAAGGCUACAAGUUCCUCAUCUCGGUGUCUAUUUCCUCCUAAACCAGAUCCUGCCGGUCUCCUUUACGCAAAACUUAUUCUUGUUCCGUACGUCGGUCCUUGGACGAGCAGACUCGGACACCGAUCUCACCCCGACGAGACUCACCGUACAUCCAGCCUCCGCCUUUCGACAAGGUGCGAGUACCCUGUCAUACCUGUUCGUCUUGGCUCUGGCUCCGUACAGCGUGGGCACGCGUUACUUCUUUCCAGUCCUCUUCGCGACGAGAGUCCUACUUUUCGCAGGGCCGUACAUCAUCCUUCGUCCUGAGCUCGGCAAAGACCAACUGAACCCUUCGACCACCACCACCACCACAACAACAACAAAAUAUCACACUGUGAAACUAUAUCGAUGGUCCUGUGCGAUCCUCGCGGUAUCGUUGGGAUACAUGUCGAUGCAAACCAUUCAGACGGCAAGAUCGAGCACCGACGGCCUGGCCGCCAUUGGGAAUGCCCUACACGAUAGCCCGGCCGUCAGCGCUCUUGGGUACGAUGUCAUGAUCGGCAUGGUCAGCCUAGCUUGUGUCUUUGGGGGAUGGUGA